AUGUCCUCUCGCGCCAUCCGAAAGCUGCAGAAGCAGCGUGAGCAACAGCUGCAACAGGAACCCGAGCAGCAGGAUGAGCCGAAAUUCAAUGCCUUUGAUCUCUUGAAUGCCCAAGACGAGGACGAACCUGAAUCUGAGGAGGAUGUUCAGGAGCCUAUAGUCCAGCCGUCAGAGCCUGUGCCCCCACCAACAAAGCCCAAAAGUGCCAGCAAGAAAAAGAAGAAGAAGAAGGCAGCCAAGGCUCUGGAGCAGCCCGCUACGGCGGCGGCGAAGCCCCACGAUGCGAAAAUGGACGAGAUCGAUCGAGCACUCCAAGAUCUGGCGACGGAUGGGCAUGCAUCAGUUGGUGUUGAUCCGUCAGUAGUCUCCAAAGACACUCGCGAUACUUCGUUCCCGAAAACCACCGACGAGCUACUCUCGGUUGAGCCCAAAUUCCUAAACUCCAUGAACGAGAUGCGCCGGCUGUUUGGGAACGUCGUGUUGGAGAACUUUGAUCAGCCAGCCGACACAGGAACAGGCCGUCGUCGAGAUCGCAACCGGGAGAUGAUCGACCUCGGCCAGGCAUUGUCGGGGAGAUACAGCCCGGCCAGUAGAGGUCAGAGUUUGGCGGGUAUCACACUACGGCGAAACACUCUGAUGCAAGCCAAGGACGAGUGGCCACGGGCUCCGAGUGGGGGUCUGGGCAUGGAGACAGUUGAGAAGCUCUCUGGUGGGGAUACACUCUACCGCAUCGUCCACAAUGCGGCAUACCAAGACGUACAGAGGCAAUUUGAAAUCUGUGUGGAGUCUAUGGACCCACAGAGAUUGAUUUAUCACCUUCAAUACAACCCCUACCACAUCUCCACACUGCUCCAGGUAUCUGAGAUUGCCAAGCACCAAAGCGAUCAUGCUGUGUCCGCUGAUCUCCUGGAGAGAGCCCUCUUCAACAUUGGGCGUUCAGCCCACUCGUCAUUUGGCAAUCUUCUCAAGGAAGGCCGAUCCAGACUGGACUUUGUACACAUGGAGAACCGAGAGCUGUGGCUGGUCGGCUGGAGGUACAUUGCGAAUUUGGGGAUGAAAGGAACAUGGCGGACCGCCUAUGAAUGGGCGAAGCUCUUGCUCAGUUUGAAUGACAAUGAUCCCUAUUGUAUCAAACUAUUGGUCGAUCACUUGGCGCUUCGCGGCCGAGAGUAUACACACUUUGUCGAGCUGUGCACACAGACGCGGUUCAGUCGUGAUUGGGCCGAACUGCCAAACAUUCAGUGCUCACUCGUCAUGGCAUAUCUUCGCCUGAACAAGCCCCAAGAAUGUCGCCGGCAGCUCCACCUCGCCAUGUCGCGCUACCCGUGGGUGUUUAGCAGGCUGGCCCAAGAGCUUGAUCUUCAGCAUAUACCUAAGCAGAUCUGGGGCAAGAUGCCUCCUACUGGAGCCCACGAACUGCUCACGGAACUCUAUAUUUCUCGGGCGAAGGAUCUCUGGAACACUCCCGAGGCGGUUUCUCUCAUCAUGGAAGUCGCCGACACCCUUUCCGGCGAAGCAGAGCCCAUUGAACCACCCACGAUCACGUUGGAUCUUGCCCGCCAUGUGGUCCUGUCCGACAUUCCUCGUGUGACAACCCAUCUUCCCACUCGGUUCGUGUCUGGCCGUCUCUCUGCUUCUGAUCCUUUGCCACCAUACGAAUCCGACGCUUUCCGUCAGCAAUCCGACCCUACUCCGUCCUAUCUAUCGCAGGUUCCGGAAGGCGGGCGGCCACAGUGGCUUCGCGAUCUACUCGAUCAGUUAAACAACGGCGCACUCCACUUCCCGCGUUUUCGGGGUGAAGGGGAUGCAGCGGAAGGAGAUGACAACGAUAGCCUUAACGAAGAAGCCCUGGAUGCAGGCGAAACAGAACGAGCCCAUCCAUCAGCAGAAGAUCCACAUGCCUUAGAGCAAUGGCUCUUGCAGGAUGGGCUGCAGUCGCUACAGAUGUUUCUGCACCAGUACGGAGUCGACCGGGGUAAUUGGGGAGAAGUGGUGGAUUAUGCCCCGUUGACGGACUAUCUGGAGGCGCUCGAAGCGAUUCCGUCUCAGAACCAGCAGCAGUUGCUGCACGGUUCGAUCAAGGAAGUGAUUGGGGAUUUCGCGGUCAGCAUGCUCGAAGACGAGCUCGAGAUGAUGGCUGAAGACCAUGAUGGGGAGUCAUGA